AUCUGGUGGUGCUUUGUUCUUGUGCUUAGUCCUACCUCCCGCUUACCACCGACUGGAAUGAUGGCCGGCAAGAAUCGCGUGCAACGAAAGGUUGAGGAGCUUGUGGCGUCGACGCUGGAGGCGAAGGCGGCGGCUCCUUGCAAAGCUCUGAAGAGGCGUGUUUGCCAGCGUGCACGCAAGAAGCUGGCACACAUGCUGCCACAGGAGGAGUUUGAGAAAGUGGUGGCACGGCUGAAGGGUGACGACCUUGAGGCAGGUCCGGAGCACACUGCGGUUAAGGAAGAGGCCAAGGGGGCGGCUUGAACUUCUCCGUAUUCCUCCGCCCAUCCAGACUUUCUUUUUGACCAAGCAGGUUCGUU